UCAUAAAUACAUCGAUCAAAUAUAAAUACUAAACUACUAAUAAAUUAAUAAAAUAUGGUGGUAAUAUGGAGUUAAAAAUUUAGUUUGCUUAUCAUUCUGAUUGAGUAACUAAAGCUUCAAUUGCAUUUUACAAAUCAAAUUUGUACGCAUCACAAGGUUGAGACUCAGCGCAGAGUAUGAAUUAAUUGCACUCAUCUAACCAAAUAGUGACAGAUAGCCAGUAAGCUAAUAUACAUAUAAAGGCAACCCAAAAUAGAUUUCCAAAUUUACUAAACAUCUGAAAGUGAUGGAAACACAUCACAGCUUCACAUGUUACAUUAUUGUUUACUAUAGUUUUAAUAAGCCGCCCUUGCUGUUUCAAUUAACCGAAAUUAACUCUUAUACAAGAACAAUUAAAAUCAAGUUUUUAAUUCAUUGCCCCAUCCCUAAAACGUUAGUCAUCAUAAUUCAUUAUCAUCUUAGCGGCAACGGAAGACCGGCAAACGGCAUAACAUGCCAGGCCAGUCCGCGAAUGACGACCGGCACGCGAACGCGUCACCGACCGCCUAUACAUUUUAUUUGCAGAAUACCUAAAAAUAUACCUAUUACAAAUUUUCCUUAGUAGCCGUCAUCGCGUACCGACCAAAGAUUAAUUAUAAAAAUACAUAGUACAAUUGUAGUGAAGGUAAAUGAGUGAAGUGAAGUGAAUUUAAAUGAAGUUGAGUGAAGUUAAAGAUGCAGCGGCAACUUAGCAACGUGAGCUUUCAUUCCUACCAGGACUACCAACCGUCCAGAAAAUAUGGGCCGCAGUAUGAGCCGGGUGGUUACGCUAGUGCAGUACAACAGCGUACCAACAUGACGCAGCGCGAGGACGCGCUCAAAUUCGAGCAGAGUCGCAUCAAAGCGCUGCAAGAGGAACGGUUGCAUAUACAGAAGAAGACAUUCACGAAAUGGAUCAACUCAUUCCUUCAAAAGGCUCGCAUGGAGGUGGACGAUUUGUUCGUGGACCUGGCUGAUGGUAGACGGCUUUUGAAGCUCCUGGAGAUAAUCAGCGGUGAGAGAUUACCUAGACCCAACACUGGUCGUAUGCGAGUCCACAAGAUCGAGAAUGUCAACAAGAGUCUUAGCUUCUUACACACCAAGGUACGCCUCGAGUCUAUCGGUGCUGAGGACAUAGUAGACGGUAAUCCUCGCCUGAUCCUCGGCUUAAUAUGGACCAUAAUCCUGCGCUUCCAAAUUCAAGAGAUUGAAAUUGAUGUGGAUGAGGAAAAUGAAUCGUCAGAGAAGAAAUCGGCUAAGGACGCGUUGCUGCUGUGGUGCCAGCGGAAGACGAGCGGCUACCAUGGCGUACACAUACACAACUUCACGGACUCCUGGCGUUCAGGGCUUGGUUUCAACGCACUCAUACACGCACACAGGCCGGACCUGUUCCGUUGGGCGGAGGUUCCAGCCUCUGAUCACGUGGAGACCCUCAAUCAUGCUUUCGACGUUGCCCAUAAACACCUCGGCAUACCGCGCUUGCUGGACGCCGAAGACGUGGAUACGACCCGACCCGAUGAGAAGUCAGUGAUGACAUACGUGGCUAGCUACUACCACACAUUUGCCAGGAUGAAGAAUGAACAAAAAAGUGGAAGAAGGAUUGCCAACAUUAUCGGUCAGCUGAUGGACUGUGAUGGUCGUAAAGCGGAGUAUGGACGGCUAUUCUCAGCGCUGAUGGAAUGGAUCCGAGCGAAGAUCCUCGAGCUGGCGGACAGGGACCUGCCCAAUUCACUAGACGGCAUACAACGUCUGUUACUAGCCUUCAAACAGUACAGAACUGUUGAGAAACCACCCAAAUACAAGGAGCGUUCAGAGAUCGAGGCGUUGUUUUUCCACAUCAACACAAUGCAGAAGAGCCUGGUGGGCGAGACCUGGGCGCCGUUAGAGGGACAGUUGCCGCAAGACCUGGAGCGAGCCUGGCAACAGCUGGAACAGGCCGAGCAUGCUCGUGAGAUCGCGUUAAGGACCGAGUUACUCCGCCAGCAGCGAUUGGAACAGCUCAAUUACAAAUUCAACACUAAGUCUGUGCUGCGUAAGGGCUACCUGAAGGAAAUGAUCCAGGUGUUAUCAGAUCCUCGGUACGGCUCGAACCUCGCACAGGUCGAUGCCACCGUAAAGAAACACGAGGCUAUCUCUGCGGACAUAUUGGCCAGGACGGAACGCUUCGAAGAUUUGUCUGCGAUGGCGUCAGAAUUAGUACGUGAAAAAUAUCACGGAGCCGAAGCCGUGAAAAACACUGAACAGGCAGUGUUGCAACGUUGGCGUGAGCUGCUGGAACUGCUGGAGAGGCAUCGAGCUGCUCUAAACAGUCUGGCGCAGUUGAUGGCACUACUGCGGGAGGCGGACGCGGUCCAGCAGACGCUGCAGCAGAUGCAAACUCAAUUCUCUUCUGAGGAGAUGGGUCGCCACCUGGUGGACGUGGAGCGGCUGCUGCAAGCCCACGCUCUCCAGGAAUUGCAGCUGGGAGCUCUUGACGAAAGUAUUAGACGACUGGUUCGUCACGGAGCAGCAGCUCAGGGUCCCGCUCAACCAACACGUCAGUUGGCGGCACAGCUCGCUCACCUUGAAAAAGCCCACCAAGAGCUGCAAGCAGCUGCCAGUCAUAGGAAAGCGAGGCUGGAAGACGCCAGGGGAUUGUACCAGUUCCUGGAAGACCACGACGAAGAGGAAGGAUGGGUGACCGAGAAGCAACGCAUCUGCCGAGCCGAAGUAGCCGCUAAAGAUUUACGUGGUGUUCUGGCUCUGAAACAGAAACAUACUGCGUUAUUGCAUGAGAUAAGGGCGAGAGAGCAUGUCUCACAACGUCACAGAGCUAAGGGGCAGAGUUUGAUCGACGCGAAACAUCCAAAGAGCGCUGAAAUAGAACGUCGUUUGACUUUACUAAGUCAGCAAUGGGAAACACUCAGGGAACUUGCUUCCGCUAGGGAGAAGCAGCUAGCUGAUGCCGCUGAAGCACAUCAGUUCUACGGUGAUGCAAACGAGGCUGAGUCAUGGAUGAAAGAGAAACGCGCUCUGGUAGCGACGGAGGAUUGCGGUAGAGACGUACCUGAAGCGGCCGCGUUACUCGCGCGACAGCGUCUGCUGCACGACGAACUGCGCGCGUACAGUACUGAGCUGCACGCGCUAGCCGCGCACGCAGCACGACUGCAGCAAGCGGGCAUACAUACUAUACAGUUACCUACUGAGGUGGAGAGUGCAGCAGCUCUGGAAGAAGAGGAAUGGACAAACGAAUCCCGGUUAGUACCCACUGAAGUUUGGGAAGAGGAGCCGGUGGAGAGACUGGAACAUCGCACCGUCACAGAGGAACGCAGUGUCCCACAGGUGAAGGCACUAUACGCAUUCACCGGGCAAGGUAUAUCGAUGCAGAAGGGCGAAGUGAUGUUCCUGAUGAAUAAAACUAACCCGGACUGGUGGUCUGUACGGAAAGCGGACAGGACAGAUGGAUUCGUGCCAGCUAACUAUGUGAGGGAGAUAGAGCCGAGAGUUGUACCGGUACAAGUCCGUCGUCCUGAAAAAGUGCGAACAGUGCAACGAGUGAAGAAAACGGUUCUGGUGAAGCAAGUGGUGCCAGUGCGUAGACCGGCUCCUACCACCAGGAGGACGAAACCGCCCCCACAACAACACGCGCACAACGUGCCGCAGAGGAUACAACAGCUGCAGGACGGCUACGAGGAACUUUUGAAGUUAUCUGCGGCACGACGCGAGCAACUCGAAGAUGCCAUCAAGUUGUACAGCUUCUUUGCCGAGUGCGACGAUUUCGACAAGUGGAUGAAGGACAAAGAAAAGAUGCUGCGAGCGGAUGACGAACAGGAUAGCGUCGAUAACGCUAAGAGGAAAUACGAAAAAUUUGUAACAGACCUAUCAGCGGCUUCCAAAAGACUAGAACAGAUAGAUUCAGCUGCCGAAGAGCUUGUAGCAGCUAAACAUGGACAAGCAGCAAAAGCUACCGCCAGGAGAGCACAGCUAAAGCAACAGUGGGACAGACUGCUGAGGCUUAAGUUGCAGAAAGAAAGAAGUUUGGAGGGGGCAAGCAGCGUGGAGUUGUUCAGCCGGACUUGUGAUGAAGCGCUGGAAUGGAUGGCGGAGAAAGAACAACAGCUGGCGGCUUCCAGCGCUCCCCCUACAGAUCUACGAACAGUACGAGCGUUACAGCGCAGACACGCACAGCUGGAGAGAGAGCUGGAACCGCUGCACGAUAAAGUGCACACGCUCACACUGCUGGCUGACGACGUGAAGAGUCAGUACCCGUCUGAGCGCGCCAGUGUUGAAGCCCGUCAGCAACAGAUCAACGCGAUGUGGACGCGCUGCCAGGCGCAGGCGGCUGACAGGCGAGCUCGAUUAGAGAGCGCCGUUGGACAUCAGAUAUUCGGCACUAGUGCUGGUGUGCUGCAAGACUGGCUGCAGAAAGUACAAGAGCAGUUGCAAGCGGAGAGCUCCGCUAAGGAUGUGGCGACGGCGGAAGGUCUCCGUAAACAACACCAAGAGCUACACGACGAUAUCAAAGCGCAUGAUGACGAAUUCGCUGAAGUGAUACAGUUGGGUAAACAGCUAUUGUCCAACAACCCGGCGCUCACAGACGUCGCUGACAAGAUAAAACACCUGGAACAGGAACAGGCCAACGUACACAAACAAUGGGCGGACAAAGAUACGUAUUUGAUGCAGUUAGUACAGCUGCAGAGUGUGAAUCGUGAGGCUGAUCGUAUUGACGCUUCCAGCGGUGCACAUUCCGCCUACCUCGACUACCAACCAUGUGGGUCCUCGGUGGAGGAGGUAGAAGCAUUGCUGAAGCGUCACGAGGAGUUGGAGGCGCGUCUGACAGCUCAAGACGAACGGUUGUCAGCGUUCGUCACUCGCGCCACCACACUCGUGGAGAAUAACCAUCCACACGCCGCACAUAUCGCAGCCCGUAGAGAUGCAGUAGUAGCACGUCGUGAUUCAGUGAGACGCGCGGCGGCCGACAGACGCCGGGCGCUACUAGCUAGUUUAGCUCAUCAACAGUUUAUCGAAGCUGCCGAAGAGUUACAAGCAUGGAUUCAAGACAAAACCAGAACAGCUAAAGACCAAAGCUACAGAGAUUUAGCUAACCUCGAGAGAAAACUUCAGAAACACGAGGCCUUUGAAAGAGAACUGCAGGCGAAUGAGAAGCAACUCCGAAAUGUUGAGAGUAUCGGCAAGUCCCUACAACAGUCGGACGCUGGUCGUGCAUCGCAGGUUUCCGCGUUGUUGGGAAAGUUGCGCGACAGUUGGGAACAGCUCGUUCUUGCAUCUCGCGACAAGGGUGCCAAGCUGAGGCAAGCCGCCGCGCAGAGGAAACACAAGAGAGCUAUUGAAGAUGCCAAAGCACGCCUUACUGAUUUGGAACGUGCGCUCAAGAGUGAAGAAGUGGGCACCGACUUAAGGAGUUGUAAACGAUUAAUGAAUCAACAUCAGGCUCUAGAACAGGAGCUCGCACAGUGGGAACACAAAGCGGGCGUAUUGCAGUCUCAGGGCGCUGAUCUUGUAUCUGAAGGUCACUUCGACGCGGACGCGAUACAGCGUGAAUCGGCUGCGCUCGUAGAAAACGUACGAGCACUUCAUCAACCCGCCGCCACCAGGAGGCAGGCGAUAGAGGACAGCGAGCGAUUACAAAGGUUCGCACUGGAAGUGGGCGGGGAGGUCUCAUGGUUGCAGCAGCGCGGCGCCGCCGCUGUAGCGCCGGUCACAGCGGCCGGCGCUGCCGCGGCGCUGAAACAUCACGCCAAACUUAUAGCUGAGUUACACGCGCGUCGACCGCACGUCCAGAAAGUAUUAGCGCAAGGAAAAGCUCUGCUUGCUGAUGGACAUCCAAACGAAGACAAGAUCACGGAACUAUGCACGACUUUGGAGAAAGAGUACGCGGAGGUUGCCGCCGCGGCGGAAGAGCGCGGCGUCAGAUUGGAGGAAGCAGCUAAGGCGCAGCAGUUCCUCAACGACGCCGUAGAACUGGAAGCGUGGCUCACAGACAAGGCUGCCGCUUUAGCCGACCCCGACGUGGGUCGCGACUCGCAUCGCGCUACUCAGCUGCUCACCAGGCACAAAGCGGUGGAAUUAGAACUAGACACGUAUGCCGCCAUAGUGGCGGAGAUGGGUCACUGUGCGACAUCUAUGGAAGCAAACGGUCACCCAUCCGGCGCUGCGCUGGUCGCUCGACACGCGCUACUGGCUGAGAGUCUGCAGCGGCUGCAGCGUUUAGCUGAACUCAGGCAGCGAGCUUUAGUAGAGAGCGUAUGCAGACACGAAUACUUAGCGGAGAGUGCAGAAUUAGAAAGUUGGAUUCAGGAACAGUACGCUGCUGCAUCGAGCGAGGAUUACGGCCAUGACUACGAACAUCUGUUGAUCUUAAGGUCCAAAUUCGAGGAGCUCCGUCUCAGAGUUGAGAGCGGUGCUGAACGGUUUAGCCAAUGCGAAGAGCUGGCGAAGAAACUGCUCGCUACAGACAGCCCUUACAUAGCUGACAUCGAAAAGAGACAAGAGGCUUUGGGAGAGUCAUGGCAACGUCUAGUAGACCAAAUACAAUCGCGUGGCGCUCGCCUCCACGCCGCUGGUGAAAUACAUCGCUUCCACCGUGACGUAGCGGACUUACUAGCGCGUGCGCAUGAUAAACGCGCGCUACUAGCGACCCCCCCACCCGCUAGAGACACUAGCAAGGGAGAACUGCUAGCUAUAGAGGCACAGAUGCAGGUGUUGCAGGAGGAGGGAGCUCGGCUGAUAGCUCUGUACCCGGGCAGCAACGUGCAACAGCUGGAGAUGCAGCGGCGCGCGCUCGCCGAUACCUGGACGCAGCUGCAGCAGGCCGCCGCCGCUAGGAAUCAUGCCGCUAUGCAGCAGGCCGAUCUGCAACACUUCCUCACUCAGGUCCGCGAUUUGAUAUCGUGGUGUGGGGGAGUGGUCGCGUCGUUAAGUAGUGCGGGGGCGGCGGGCGUGCGGGACGCGGCGUCCGCGCAGGCCGCGCGCGCGGAGCACGACGCGCUCAGGCACGAGCUGGACGCGCGCGACGCCAGUGUCCGCGACGCGCUGGAGCACGGCCAGAGGCUCAUCAAGGAGAACCAUCCCGCGCAACAGGAAGUAGAAGAGCGUUGCGAGCAGUUGAUUGAGGCUCGAGCGCGGGCGGCGGCAGCGUGGGGGGCGCGGCAGGUAGCCCUCGAUCAGCUGAUAGACCUGCAUUGCUUCUUACGGGAUGUGGCGCAGUUACACGAUCUAUGUGCCGCGCAGGAACACGCGCUUGCCGUGGAAAUACCUCCGGACUGCAGCGUAGAGGAAGUAGACAACCAACUCAAGAAGCACGAAGCUUUUGAGAAACUUCUUGCCACGCAGGAUGAGAAAUUGGUCACCUUGAACAGUCACGGUGAUAAGUUGCUGGAACAAAACCACGUGGAGAGCGAACGCAUUGCUAAAGAGCUGAAGACUAUCAAUGAACGACGUCGCAAGUUGCACCAGUCGUGCGCUGAUAAAAGGGCCAGGUUAGUGCGUGGACGUGCACGUGCACAGUUCGCUAGAGACGCGGCCGAUACACGUGCGUGGGUUGCGGAUAAACUAGCCAAAUUACACGCGGACAACAACCAAGGUGAAGUGACAAACCUAGAGGACAAGAUCAAGAAGCUACAGAAGCACCAGGCGUUCACCGCUGAACUGGCAGCGAACAAGGCACGUCUACAAGAAGUGAAGGCAUUAGCGGACCAACUGAGACCUGACAAGGACGUGGAGAAUGAGCUGCGAGCGCUGCAACGUGACUGGGACCUGCUGGAGGAAGCCACCGAGAAGAGAGGAAGAGGUUUGGAAGAGGCACAGGACAUCCUGGAAUUCAACCAGCAUCUUGACAAGAUAGAAGCCUGGAUAAGGGACAAGGAGAUGAUGGUGCAAGCACACGAACUUGGUCGGGACUAUGAGCAUUGUAGCGCGCUACUGCGAAAACUGGACGACUUGGACAGUGAUAUGAAAGUGGACGACAAACAUGUACGCAGUAUAUGCGCACUCGCAGAUAAAUUGCUGCAACAGGGUCCUACUCAGCAAGCGACCGGUGUGGCAGCACGCCGGGACGCCUUCCUCAGCAAGUGGUCCGCACUCAGCGGGGCAUUGCAACAGUACCGGGACCACCUCGCGGCUGCAUUGGAGAUACAUGCCUUCAACAGAGAUGUAGAGGAUACAGAAGAACGUAUAGCGAAGAAAGCCGCGUUGUUCGCUAGCAAUGAACGCGGUAGAGAUCUGAGCGCUGCCGCCGAGUUACAGAGGAAACAUAACGCCAGAGCAGCUGAAGCACGAGCGGUGGGAGACAAGAUAGUAGCGUUACAACAGGAGGGCACCGCGCUAGCUAAUAAAUAUCCGGAGCAUAAGAAAGAAAUAGAAACAAGUCUCCAGAGUCUACGCGAAGGCUGGGAUAAUUUACAACGUUUGGCGGCCAAACGCUCCGCUCUCUUAGAUGAGGCAAUCGCCGAACACAAGUUCGAAGAGAAUCUUAAGGAAUUGGAAGUUUGGGUUGGUGAGACCAUCAAGCGUAUGGAGAGCGUGGAGCCACCAGAAAACGAAAGUGAAGCCAAGGCGUUACUCGAUCAGCAUCACGAGACAAAGGCUGAAAUCGACGGUCGACAGAAGGCUAUUCAGUCGUUGCAGAAGGAAGUGGAACAGGUCCCGGAGAAGAAGCAACGCCUGGAACUGCUGUCUGAGACACUGGAUGCGGCGUGGAUGCACAGGAAACAGUAUCUUACACAGGCUCAUCAGCUACAGUUAGUGAAAGAGCAGGCGAGACAGACGGAGGACUGGUUGGCUGCUAAAGAGGCCUUCCUCAACAAUACUGAUCUCGGCGAGAACCUUGAUGCCGUGGAGUCUCUGAUCAAGAAGCAUUCUGAGUUCUCCAAACUGCUGGACUCGCAGCUAGGACGGGUGGACGAGCUGGAGAAAUUUGCUCGCGGCCUGCUGGAAGAGAACCAUCAUCAUAAAGAUUAUAUACAGAAACGUCUAGAUGAAAUACUAACUAGGCGAGAUAAACUCAAGGAGUCGUGUUCGCAACGCGCUAUUCGCUUACAACAGUCACGGCAAUUACACGAACUGACUAGAGAUAUUGCACACGAGCGAGAGUGGAUCGCGCUCAAGAUGCAAGCGGCCACAGACCAUAACUACAGGGAAUUGUCGAACCUUCAGACCAAGAUCCAGAAGCACGCUGCUUUCGAAUCUGAGCUUGCGGCUAACAAGGGUCGUAUAGAUGACGUCGCCAACCGUGGAGAAGAACUUAUAGAAGCCAAACAUUACGCCGCAACGGAAAUAGCCCAGCAUGUGGAACAGCUGGAGAGUGAGUGGCGCGAGUUGCAGACGGCUGCAAAAUUGAAACGGGAACGUUUACAGGAAGCUUACCAGGCGCGCGUCUACCUGAGAGGGCUGGCUGACUUCACAGCUUGGUUGGAUGACGUUGAGGCCCAAUUACUCAGCGAAGAUCACGGUACUGAUCUAUCAUCGGUGACUGCUUUACUGAAACGUCACUCGCGUCUCGAACAGCAAGCUGCGGCCAAAUCAGAUACCGCGACACAACUAGCGGACACUGCGCGACAUCUAGCUGACAGUGGACACUUUAUGGCCGAACAGAUACUGGCCGACGCUGACAAAGCUGUCAACAGAUAUCGUCAGCUGCAAGAGCCGAUGUCAAUACGUCGCGAUAAUUUAGAAGAUGCCGCUCUUCUGCAUCGUUGGGAGAGAGACGCCCACGAAGAGGCUAGAUGGCUGAAAGAACGCGAAACGGCAGUCCACUCCGAAGAAUGGGGUUCGACGUUGGCUGAAGCACAAACGUUGCUCAAGAAACAUCUCGCCGUGGAAGCUGAAAUAAUUGCCAGAGAGGCAACAAUCAAAGGCGUCUGCAAUCGUGCGUCGCAACUUUCCAGACGUGGACAUUUCGCUUCACAAUCCCUAGAGAACAGUUCACGUAAUCUUCUAGCUGCGCUUAAAGCGCUGCAAGAUGACGCAGCCGCUAGAACGUUGCGGCUGCAGCAACGAUGCGAGAUGCUACAGGUGGUGACAGAGAUAGGCGAGGCUGAGGAGUGGGUGUUAUCGUGCCGUACUACUCUAUCGGAGCCUGAAGUGGGACGCGACGAGGAAUCGGUGGUGGCAUUGUCACGACGACUGCAUGCCACAGAUGCGCGACUGCGUGCCACUGAUGCCACGCUCGCUGCUCUACAGAUGCGCGCUGACAAAUUAGCGACCCGCGAGCCAUCCGAGCGGGCUCUUGUUGAAAAGCGGUUAUCUGAACUGAAGACUACAUAUGAAGAGACAACCCUUCUAUCUGCACAGCGAGAACAACGGCUGCAACAGAGCCUGAAAUAUUACAAGUUCGUGCAAGAGUGUUCCGAGGUCCAGGAGUGGAUCGGUGAGCAGAUGACGGCUGCCGCGAGCGAGGAGUAUGGCGUGGACGUGGAACAUGUGGACACAUUGCAGCAAGCCUUCGACAACUUCCUGGCACAAUUACACGCUAACGAGGGUCGCAUAGAGAGUGUAUGUGAAGUUGGCAAUGCUCUGAUAGAAGAAAACGCGCCAGAAAGUAACCGCGUCAGGCAAAGAAUAGACGAUCUGCGAGGUCUAUGGGACGACUUGAAGGAAUUAGCACUCGCCAGGCAAGAGGCGUUAGCGGGCGCUCGCCAAGUGCACGAGUUCGACCGCAGCGCCGAGGAGACUGCCGCAUGGGUACAGGAGAAGGAGGCGGCACUCCAAGCGGACACCGCGCACGCGCACCACGCGCACGCGCUGCACGCGCGCCGCCGCCGCCUGCACGCGUUGCACGCCGACCUGGACGCCAUACGCGCCGCCGCCGACAGGCUGCAGCUGGAGGCCGACAGAUUAGGCACAGCAUUCCCGGAUGCUAAAGAACACGUAACAGCCAAAUUAGAAGAUGUAACUGAAGCUUUGGAAGCUUUGACACAGCGUGCAGCUCAUAGCUCGCAACAGCUGGAGCUAGCUGAACAACUGCAAGCGUACUUCGGUACAUAUCAGGAGUUGCUUGCCUGGACUAACGAGAUGAUAGCACGAGUCACCGCAGCGGAACUGUCGCGCGACGUCGCCGGAGCGGAACGUUUGGUCGCUCGUCAUCGAGACUUGCGCGUGGAGAUUGACGCUAAACAUGAUGACUUCAAGCAGCAUUUUGAAGACGGUGAGAAACUGCUACGCGACCGUCACUUCAUGUCCGCGGAGAUUGAGGAACGUUUGGGAACGCUGCGCGCGCGCAGGGAACACCUAGAAUCCGCGUGGAGCGCCCGCGAUAAGAUAUAUGCUCAACACCUGGACGCGCUCGUGUUCAAACGGGACGCCGACGCGCUGGACAACUGGAUAGCUAACAGGGUACCUUUGGUACGCGACGGUAAAUACGGCGACAGCGUAUCGCAAGUCGAGGAAUUGAUAAAUCGUCACAGGGACCUGGAAGAGACCAUAGAGUCACAGAAGGAUCGGUUCCAAGCACUAAAGAGAAUUACACUGGUGGAACAAGCAUUCGCCGCGCAGCGUGACGAAGAAGAAGCGGCUAGAAAGAGAUCAGUGGAGAAGCAAGAAGAGGAGAGACUACAGCAAUACAGAAGGAGAGAACUGCAGAGGAUCGCGGAAGAGAGAAGGAGAGACUCCGCCCCGCCCGUGCAGAUGGCUAGAGAGGUUGAACAAGCAUUAGGUAGUGGAGUGAGUGGGGGUGCGGGUUCGAUGCCUGUGGAUGAGCAGCAUGAACAGGAGGUGACGUCACCGGCGCCACAGUUCGACCGCUUGCCUAAACCGGACACGCUCGUCAAACGUGCCGAGAGCAUGAGCGUGGUGAAGACCCCGAAGCGCACUCCUUCAUUCACGACGCGACGUCGAACUCAGAGCUUCAGACGACACCGAAGACCCGACGCCGAAUUACCGCCAGUAGAAAUACAAGGAUUCCUGGAGCGCAAGCAGGAAGCUGGAUGUGGCGGCAAACGUGCCACGGUACGGUCGUGGCGUUCAUACUACUCUGUACUGUGCGGACAGCUGCUGUGCUUCUUCCGAGAUGAACUGGACUUUGCUAGCGCUAAAGCCGCAGCCCCACCCGUCGCCAUAUUGAAUGCCCGCUGCGAACCGGCUGGCGAUUACACGAAGCGAGCGAACGUGUUCAGGCUCGCGUGCGCGGACGGUGCCGAAUAUUUGUUCGCGUGCUCGAGCCGCGAGCUGAUGCGCGAGUGGGUGGCCAAGUUGUCGUUCCACGCGCAACUACCGCCGGAAUUGCAACUAACGCCGUACACCGCCGUCCCACCUGGAGACUCUCCCACUGCCGAGUUGAGGAGAAGACUGCAUGAGAACGCGUCAUCAUCAUCAUCGGCGGCGUCAUCACCUGAGCCGCAACGUAAAUCCCGCACCCAGACUGAGAUCCUGCAGGAACAUCGUGCCACAUUACCACCAAGAGCACCAGCCACGCCAGACAGAAACAUAGAGUCAGCAGUGCUACCAUCACUACCGGCGCGUCAACCACCUCAGGAGGACGGAUCUGAAGACGUUAUUUUACGGAACACCGAACCGACUAGUGCGUGGGGCCGUUCGCGGUUCUCCAACGGUCGGGACAUGAACACAGAGUUUAUAAUGUCACAACAAACAGCCGAAGCACCGCCCUUACCGCUGUCGGGGCCUCCCCACCGCUCCACGACGAGCCCCGAUCGCCCUCCGGCAUUACCCGAACGCGGCCCGAACCUACCCGAGCGCGGACCGAGUUUACCCGAACGCAAUGCAAACAUGUCCGAGCGUACCGCCAACAUGUCCGAACGUAACGCGAACUUACCCGAGAAGCAGUCGGUGCACGCGUUAGUCAACAGCUUCCAGCAGCGUAUGACGGGCAGUUACCAAACCAGAGACAACAGGAACACAUGGUCUUUAGAGAGACAGAAUAACAACUGGCAGAAUGUGGAGACCACUUCGCAUUUCUAUACGGCGAGCGAGCUGGCAUACGGUGGCAAUAACAGCGGUCGGCCCGCUUCAGUGGCCGGUAGCGGCGGUUCUCCCGCGUUAGAUCAGCGGCCAGCUUCCAGAUCAUCUGGAGAAUCUGAAUUAUCAGUGAGUGGAGUAACGAAAGAGAAGAAAGAUAAAAAGGGAGUGUUCGGAGGACUUUUCAGUAGAAAGAAGAGACCACAAAGCCAUAUGUAAACAGAUUGUAUCUAGGUGACAAUCUAAAGAAUAACGCGUUUUAAUUAUAUUUACUUUGAGAUGUAUAAUUUUUGGCCAUUUUUCAUCGAGUCAAUAUAAAGAAAUUUUCUAAACAUAUAUAAGUCAUUAUCUUAUCGAAUAAGAUUUAGUCUGGUUGAGUUGUAUAACAUUAAAUUGCAAGUGAAGAGAUUAUAGCGAUAUAUUCAUACUUUUUUUGUUGUAGCGACUCAUUAAUCGCAGAAGGUUUACUUGAGUAUUUUUUUUCUGUAUGUUUGGGACUUUAACCUCUGCUCUUUGGUCAUAGAAAAAAUUAAAUUUUGCUUUUGAUAUAGAGUUAUAUUGUAUUGUGCGCCUUAAUAUUUUACCGCCGGUAAUAAUGACAUAGCUUUGAAUGACUGAAAAAAGUGACUUUUACAAAUUCAAGCAUCAUUCAUGGUUAUAAUUGCCGAAAAAAAUUAAAUAUGAAAUAUAAAACGUGUUGAUUUAUUAAUAAAGAGAAAAGAAAAUCAAAUUAUUAUUGAUAUUAUGUUAAGUGCCUUAAAUAUACGUUUUUAAACCGGAAACACGAAAAUAUAAUUAUGAGUAUUAUAAAUAAUCAUAACUUUUAUUAUAAGUAUAAAAUUUGUAUAUAACAGCGAUUAUAGAGUAAGUUAACCUCAAGAUCGAAGUUGUUAAUAUCGUGCCUUACAAAAACGUAUAAUGCAAAUCAACGUAAUUUUUUUCUUUUUGUCUACGUUCUAAUAUAUUUUUAAAUUUAACUUCUAUAUUUUACAUCGUCUAAAUAUAGAAUUGGUGCAUCAUUGAAUUCAGUUUGCCUAAUUAUAUUUUUAUUAUGCUAUUUCCCUUUUAAAUAUAAGCAUUUUAUAAUUCCAUUGUGCUUUCUUUAGUAUUUAUUUCAAACUGAUAUGAUAAAUCAUUUAAAGGUAUAUUUUGUACUUUUAUUAUUACUAUAUAUUUAAUUGAGUAUUUAUAUCGAAGUUAGGUUUUAUGAAAUUAAUUGCGUGUCACAAAAUAUGGGAAUCAAUUUAACUAAGGGACCAUUGUGAAAAUUCCAUUACGUUAAGAUACUUUCUUUCACCGUUACUGUAACUGUUACGCGUAACUGUGAUUAUUAAAGUUAAAGCAAUUAAAGUAAAUUGGACAAUAAUAAUGUGUUAAAUCUAGUUAUUUUAACAUAAGACUUGGUGAAUUUAUUUUCUAUAUAGUUCUUAUAAAAAUCAUAACUGCAAUUUUAUUUUACGGAUUUAGUAAAAGAAAGAUAAAAUAUAAUGCAAUAGGACUUCGACUAUAUUGCCUGUAAAAUCUAAUGUGUUUCUCAUCCUAAUUGCAAGAGAAUUAGCUAUUUAUAUUAUUUGUUUCUUUUAUACUUACACAUUUAGACCCGAUAAAUAAAAUUGGCAGUUUUUAAACUUGCAUAAUUAUUAAACUAUAAAUAAUACUUUUUUAUGAAAGUUAUAAGAUUUUUUAAAACCUAUUUAACAGUUUCUUUUAGUAUAUUUUUAUUGCAUUACUGGAUAAGUUGUUUUGUUAGAACUGUUUAAAACCUCUUCAUAAUUGUAUACCGUGUCAAUAUAGUAUGGCGGGAAAUCGAAUGCAUUCAUUAUAUAUAGUGAUUAUUACAAUUACAGAAAAUUGCCAACCUUUUGGUACAAGAAAUAAAGUAUAUUUAAGUCAGUAGAUAAUUAACUUUAAACUGAAAAAUAUUAUAUUUGAUCAAUUUUGCAUUUGCAUAUAAUGAAAAAUGCUUGAAAAAUUCAAUUUGAACUCUUGGUACUCUUACUAAACUAGAUACCGAACAUACAUAAUGGAUUACAAUGAACAUUCUGCCCAAUGCUGUAUUAGUUUGGACGUCCAUACAAUUAUGAAAUUCGUUAUACCUUUGUUACAAUCAAUGCAUUUUUAAUAAAGUACAAUAAUUCUCCACCUACUAACACUAUUCGUUGAUUUUUAAUAAGUUUAUUGAUUUGUUAUUAUGUCUUAAUAUGUCCAGUAAUGCAAUUUUAUAAGCUCGAAAAUAUUGAUAAUAUUCGUUCCAAACGAAAUUGUCAAAUUGGAAAAGUUGCUUGAAAAAAUAAAUUGGCUAAUAAAUGGUUAAAUAUUUUCGACAGACUUUUUAUAUAUCUGUUUACCUUAAGUAGGUCGGUAAGUUUACUGAAGCCUUGUUUCUGGCUGUUUUUAUAUUAAUCAUGUUAUUGUAGUUAGUAUCGCUUCUCAAUUACUGAAUAUAUUUUGUGUAAUUAAAUCAC